AUUGAUGGACAAGUCGAAUAAAGAUGAUUUGUAAAAUAUAAUCAUGACCUUUUAUCUCUCUAAAUGUGUAUUUUGAAGUAUGUAAUCUGUGAAUUCAUUUUCAUUCAGUACUUGCCUAUUUCAUAUACAUUGCUUAUUCCAAUCGAAUAAAUUAUCUAAUGUAAGUAUUCAUAUGUGAAAAGGUGAAUUUCUGAACACAACUCAAUACAUAUAUAUCGAAUACUACUCGACUCAGAAUUUAUACUAAGUGUUAGGUUAAGAAUUAUUAGUUGUCGUUAUACACUCAUAACAUCUUGAUACUGAUCUCUAGAAUACUAUCUGAACACUAGUGAAAGACACAAACGAUAUGUCUGGGAAUGCAAGAUUUGUUACCUCGCAAAGAGACGAAAACUCAUUAAAUGUCAGUCUUCGAUGAAUAACAACUUGAAAAAUAUAACUGUUUAUAUAGUUAUUUACUGGAUCAAUAACUAUCAAAUUUAAUAUCGGAAAUGUUGUCAUCUCAAACAUUGUUUGAUAAUGGGCAUAUAAUAUAUGAAUAACACUAAGGCUCACUAAGUAAAAAUAAGAUCAACAUAACACUACAUUCAAUCAAAGCUAAGGAAGAAUAUUUGUCUAUGGAACUAAGUGUGACAAUCUAGGAACUUUUUUGUCGCUAGACUUCGUAAACUAUAAAAGUCUCCUGGGGAUGGGUAGUGGAAUCCAGAAUACGCGUUUUGUCGUAUUUGGGACUCGUCAGUUGGAUGUACCUGACUCCCAGUGAUUGAUGUUGUUCCCAUUAGGGCUCGAACUUGGGACCGACCACUUUAAACGGCCAAGCGUUGUCCACUAGACGACCGAGCCAUGAUAAACACUUCUUGUGCGAUGGGUGUCGUUUUAGUGUUAUUGCUUGUAUCAUACAGUCGUUGAGUUGGUCGGAAUGAUUGGUCUCUAUUGGCAUGUGGACUCCUACGUGGAUGCCUCGAUAUUGUUUGUUUGAAUCAAAUAUAUUCAUGACGAAUAGUGGUUACCAGUGAGAUGAUACAACCAAUAACACUAAACUAUACCCGUCUCACAAGAAUUGUCCAUCAUGGUUCGAUGGUUAUGUGCACAAUGCUUUGGCGUUUUGAGUGGUAGGUUCCUGUUAUUACAUGUGCCCGGUCAAAUAAUUUCAUGUUAAAACUUCCUCACAUGUACAAUGUUGUAACAAGAUCUUAUUGUUUAGAUAAACAGAAACAGAUUUCCCAUAAGGCCGUUCUGAAGAUGAGACAAUCUUCACGAGUGUAAGCCAGUGUUCUAGAUUAUCUCAUGACUGUUUAUAGACAUCUAGCAUAAACGCCUACCUUGACAAGUGAAGCUGGUUUCACUGUUGACGGAUAUCUGUUAGAGAAACACUGGAAACUAGUGUCACCAGGUUGGAAUCCAUUAGUUUGCAUCUCUCAAUAGAACCUCUAUUCAAGAUCGUCGUUAAGACUCAGUCCUGACUAGUAACCAGAUUGAAUACACAGGUUACAGCGUACUGUCAUGCCUUCAAGAGAUCCAUCCUGCCUCAAAUCAAUAUUGAGUAACAGAUUCGUAUUCACUUGAUAAGACUGAACACUAUUAGUAAAAUCAUGAUGGAAGAGAAGUUAUAAGACUGAUAGAUGAAGUAAACUGAAGAGAAGAGUUAGUCUCUGAAAUUUUCGAACAUACAUGAUUGCAGAUCUCAAGCUGUCUAAAUGAUGCUGUAAGAGUAGGGAGUGAAAACACUCAUGUCUCUCGUUAGAUGAACAUGGAGCUUUGAUCUUCGAACCAAUUUGUUCUUUUUACCUUCUAGAUGUCUCUUUGCAGAAUUAGAUAUCAUCGGUGAAGAUUUAUAGCAGAUAUUGGUCUAUCCACAUAAUUAAACUGAAACACUGGCCUAAACGCCAAUCACAUCUGGACAUCUACAUCAUUUUAUGCAUCGUGUUUCACUACCAAAUUUUAGAAAACUUUUGUAAAGACAUGAUAAAUGCAUAACGCUUUAUGUUACAGGUUUUCUUGAUCUUCCAUGGGAUGACAGACUUUUGCAGCACGAAAAAUUCGUCCAUAAUGUUUCCAUGUUGAAUAAAUAUGAAGCUAGUUCUGUACAAGUUGUUAAGCCUAUCCAUACAGAGUCUUUAACUGCUUGGGCAAAAAAUGGUUCUGUCAUCCCGAAGGAAUACAUUGCAACUAUGCAUCACCAUAGUCAAUUGUUAAUGAAACUUGGCUACGUCACCAACGAAAUCCCACCCAACUAUGAGGAUUUAUGUAAAGUUGAUUUGAAACUGUGA